GAAUGUGCGAAUGUGAAGCGAAUGGUGAUGUAAGAGGCGGGAGCCCAGCCGGGAUGGGUAAGAGGGUGUGGGCUCGCACACUCACUCGCACCAGCACCCAGAGAGGGGGUGCAGGGUGCACAGUUGCCCAGCACGUCGCUUACACCCAGCGAGUACCUGAAGGCUGCGUCCUCAUGGCAGGUGACAAGGACCCCCAAAGGCUGAGCAGGCCCAAGUAUGGCUCCAUCUCCAGCCCACCUGGCCCAGGGCCACAGCAAGCACCUCCCAGAGAGACCUACCUGAGUGAGAAGAUCCACAUCCCGGACACAAAAUCGGGCACGUUCAGCCUGCGGAAGCUGUGGGCCUUCACGGGGCCUGGCUUCCUCAUGAGCAUCGCUUUCCUGGACCCGGGAAACAUCGAGUCGGAUCUCCAGGCUGGAGCUGUGGCUGGAUUCAAACUGCUUUGGGUGCUGCUCUGGGCCACAGUGUUGGGCCUGCUCUGCCAGCGACUGGCUGCCCGCCUAGGCGUGGUGACAGGCAAGGAUUUGGGUGAGAUCUGCCAUCUCUACUACCCGAAGGUGCCCCGCACCCUCCUCUGGCUGAUGAUAGAGCUAGCCAUCGUGGGCUCGGACAUGCAGGAGGUCAUCGGCACGGCUAUCGCGUUCAAUCUGCUCUCAGCUGGACGAAUCCCACUCUGGGGCGGCGUCCUCAUCACCAUAGUGGACACCUUCUUCUUCCUCUUCCUUGAUAACUACGGUUUGCGGAAGCUGGAAGCCUUUUUUGGAUUCCUUAUUACCAUUAUGGCCUUGACCUUCGGCUAUGAGUAUGUGGUGGCACGUCCCGCGCAGGGAGCGCUUCUUCGGGGCCUGUUCCUGCCUUCGUGCCCCGGCUGCGGCCAGCCUCAGCUGCUGCAGGCCGUGGGCAUCGUGGGCGCCAUCAUCAUGCCCCACAACAUCUACCUGCACUCGGCCCUGGUCAAGUCUCGAGAGAUAGACCGGACCCACCGAGUGGAUAUCCGAGAAGCCAACAUGUACUUCCUGAUUGAGGCCACCAUCGCCUUGUCUGUCUCCUUCAUUAUCAACCUCUUUGUCAUGGCUGUCUUUGGACAGGCCUUCUACCAGCAAACCAACCAGGCUGCGUUCAACGUCUGUGCCAACAGCAGCCUCCACGACUACGCCAAGAUCUUCCCCAUGAACAACCAGACGGUGGCCGUGGACAUUUACCAAGGAGGCGUGAUCCUGGGUUGCCUCUUCGGCCCCGCAGCCCUCUACAUCUGGGCCAUAGGUCUCCUGGCGGCCGGGCAGAGCUCCACCAUGACAGGCACCUACGCGGGACAGUUCGUGAUGGAGGGCUUCCUGAGGCUGCGGUGGUCACGCUUUGCCCGAGUCCUUCUCACCCGAUCCUGUGCCAUCCUGCCCACCGUGUUGGUGGCUGUCUUCCGGGACCUGAGGGACUUGUCAGGCCUCAACGACCUGCUCAACGUGCUGCAAAGCCUGCUGCUCCCGUUCGCUGUGCUGCCCAUCCUCACAUUCACCAGCUUGCCCGCCCUCAUGCAGGAGUUUGCCAAUGGCCUGCUGAGCAAGGCCAUCACCUCCUCUAUCAUGGCACUGGUCUGCGCCAUCAACCUCUACUUCGUGGUCAGCUUCCUGCCCACUCCCCACCCCGCCUACUUCGGCCUCGUAGCCCUGCUGGCUGCAGCCUACCUGGGCCUCACUACCUACCUGAUCUGGACCUGUUGCAUUGCCCGAGCCACCUUUCUGGCCCACAGCUCCCACCAGCACUUCCUGUAUGGGCUCCAGGAAGAGGAUACGGAGGGGGAGACCUCUGGAUGAGCCCCCACCCAGGGCCUGGCUGGAAGGCGGAACUGGUGGGGAAGACUGGCCUGCUGGACACGACAGGGCUUGAAGGCAGCAACAGAGGUGGAAGAGUUUUGGGGGCAGGCCCAAGUGAGGUCCUUGGAGGACCUACUGUUUCCUAGCUUAGACAAGAGAUUAACCUCUGGGUCUCAGUGUCCUCAUCUGUAAAAUGGGGACCACACCAACCUUGCAAUGGAUGCUAAGCACUUUAACCACAGUGCCUGGCACUUGGGACUAAAAAAAAAUGUAUCAUUCAAAAAAUAUUUAUUGAGCACCUAUAGGAGUGAUCUGACAAGACCAACGGUGGGGGUGGGGUGAGGCCCGGACAAAGGCUCCAAACUGGCACUUAAAAUAGAGUCUAAUAAUGCUAAAUAAAUACUA